AUGAAUGAAAACUCACUUGCGCUUUUAACGGCGCAAGAGAAGCAAGUAUACCUAAAUUACUUUAAAAAAGUAGAUUCAGAUAGCAAAGGCAUCGUCCUUCAAGAAGAAGCAAUGAACUUUUUAAGAAAGUCAGAUAUUCCUCAAAAUAUAUUAAACCAGCUUUGGGAAGCAGCUGAUAAUGACAAGAAGGGAUUCCUUACAGACACUGAAUUUUGUAUCAUUCUAAAACUAAUUGCAUGUGCUCAGCAUGGUGUCAUGACAGGUGACCCUAUAUUAGCUACUUCAGUCCCUCUUCCACAGUUUAAUGGUGACGGUAACUCCUCAAGACAACCACCAAGACAUACCACGGCAGAUGUGAUCACUCCAGAAGAAAGAACAAAGUAUAUCAGUCUAUUUCAAUCUCUGGGCCCUGUUGAUGGUAUCUUGAACGGCGAAGUAGCUAAAAACGUUUUUAUCAGAUCCGGUCUUCCUCCUGCUAAAUUACAAUCUAUUUGGGAUUUGGCAAACACUAGAAAAUCGGGUACACUCAACCAGACAGAGUUUAUCAUUGCUAUGCAUUAUAUUGAACGCACCAUGAAAGAGUCAGCACCACUACCUCCCACAUUGCCUGCAGGUAUCUAUGCCUCAGCAAUUGGUCGUGCUAUUUCUUCACCUCUUGUUAGACAAAAUACUUUACAAGUCAACAAGGCGCCCAUUCAGUCCCCAGUGUUCAAAGGAUCUACUUUGGGUAAUGUGGAAAUAGCACCAGAGGAGUAUGCAAGAUAUAAAACUUUCUUUGAUCAGCUAUCCAAUGGCACAGGCUUUGUGUCGGGUCCUGAUGCUGUCGUGUUCUUUAGACAUUCAAAGUUACCAGAGUCCGAUCUUGCUCGGAUUUGGGAUGUAGCAGAUACAAAUUCAACUGGUCAACUAACAGAGCGAGAGUUUGCAAUGGCUAUGCAUAUGAUCAACAGAAGAAUUGCAGGAGGCGAAAUUCCAAGCUCACUGCCUACAUUAAGAACUGGACAUAUAGAGCAUCAGCAACCACAACAAACAGGAAAACAGCCUGCGGUUGAUUUAUUGGGUCUAUCAUCUGAUUUUGACGAGACAUUUUCACCUGCUACGUUUCAGCCAACACCUAAACCACAGCCACAGCAUCAUCAACAAAUUACUGAGCUAUCACGUACUCAAUCCGUUCUUCAGUCCAAUCUGUCAAGUGAAACAACACGAUCUCAACAAGCGCAUUCUCAGUUAGAAGCGGAGACAAGAGCCAUUGAAGAACUUCAAAAGCAGAUACAACAACAAAAGGAUGAACUAGAAAAAAUGAAGCAUCUGGCGGAUGAAGCUGAGAAGCAAUUAGAAGCGGAAAAGAAGAAAAAGGAAAAGCUAAAGGAAGAACUGCAGAUGUAUCGACAUGAGACAAAGCAUUUCAAGUCGAGAGCAGAGAAUGCACAGGAGGAACUGAAGCAGGUUAAAAGAGAGAUUGAUGAGUUGGAGAAGGAGAAAUCAGCAGUAUCAUCACCACGUCUUCCUAAUUCAAUGUCAAGCCCCAGCAUAAGUCGUCCAGAGGACGUAUUUGCCCUGUCUUCAACGGGAGGAUUAUUCGCAAAAGUUCACGACGACCGUUCCUCUGUUUCUGCAUCUUCACCCAAGUCCACACAUAGCAUGCCUGCUGCAUCGACUCAAAAAGCCUUUGAUCCAUUUGCAGGCUUUAAAGCGAGUCAGAGCAUUAGUCAAUCUACAACAGGAACUCCUGUUACUCUGAACAAGCUAAAGGAGGAAAGUGAGUUGAAGAGAAGUACAUCAGCUACAGUAGAUAUUAGCGAGAUAGAAUCAAAAUUUCCUGAUUUGAGCACAAUGGAGCAAAGCUUUGCUGCCGUCAGUUCACAGGCGCCUACGAGCCCAUCCACCGCGUCUCAACCGAUACCACCACCGCCAAAAGAAGAAGAGCCUAUUGCUUCAAUAAAAAGCGAGCCUGCUUUAGAGAAUAAGCCCAAAAAGGAAUCAAAAUACAACUUUGAUCUGUCGGUAUUUGAGCCUCCCUCGACGGCAUCCAACAGCAAUCUAUUUGGAGGAAUGUCAGUAAAGGAUGAAUUGAGUUCCAUCUUUGGAAGCCCUACAAUAAGUAGCAGCACACCUGCACCAACUGCUUCAACUUCAACCGCUUUAGAUGAUAUCUUUGGAAGCGCUCCUUCAACUACUGCUAAGGAUAACAGCAAACAGCCCGCUCCGUCCUCUUUUGAAGAUAUAUUUUUUAAUAAUAAAUAA